CAGGCUGCCCUGUGUCUCCUCGGGGCUUUCUGCCUGCCGGAGCUGCUCAGAUGCUCUUCUUCUUGGAAAUCACAGCUCCUGGGGGAAGCAAACAGAGGAUCCCACUGCUGCUGGGCUGAGGCUGGGGGGCUGCAUCUAGCUACCUGGAAGGGUCUUGGGGAGUCCUUGAGGGAGCAGAGGGAAAGUGGCAGGGGCUCUAUAAGGGAGCUGUGGGUGGCACUGGGGUGACCUGCCUGUGGAGGGCUGCCAGGGGCUGCCUGUAUGCACAAGGGGCAGGGUGGGAGCUCAGGGCACUUUGGUUUAUGGGGAGGCAGGGGUUCUCAGUGGGUCUAGGGGUGUCUCAGUAUAUGCAGGUUUCUCAGUGGGUCUAGGGGUGUUUCUGGGUGUAAGGGUGUGAGUGUGUGUCUCAGUGUAUAGGGGAAUAUCAAGCGUAGGGGCAUGAGUAUGUGUCCAGGGGUGUCUCAGUAGGUAUAAGGGAUCUCAGUGGGCAUCUCAGGGCGAGGGGAGGUCCCUGCUCCCCUCUCAAGGGGUUUCUCCCUGACCUGUAGAUUCCCUCUUAUUUUUGGGGAGCAGGUCCAGCAGCAGGGCCCAUCCCCAGUGAGAGCGGACCAUGGUGCUGCUGUCUGGGGAAAAGCUGAAGGGGGAACAGCAGCAACAGGUCUGUCCCAGCUCAGACAGGGAGAGGGAACCGCAGAGCCCAGGACAGGAGAGGCCGGCAGCUGAGGGGGAGGAGGAUGGUGGCGAUGAUGAAGGGGAAGAAGACGAGAAUGCUGAGGAUGAGAGUGAGGAGGACUAUGAGGAGUAUGAAGACUUCUCGGAGCUGCCUGACACUCACAGCAUCACCUCGGAUGACUCCUUCUACCCACCGGGCGGUGAUGACGAUGAGGGUGAGACUUGGUCACUGGGUGAAUCUGAGUCCGAGAGCCCCGAGCCGCUGACCCUCUUCCGUGCUUGCUGCACCAAUAAUGCCGUCCUGCUCAAGGCACUGAUCCGCCAGGGCCCCGAGGAGGAGGAGGUGUGCGAGGCCGACCGCAACCGCCGGAAUGGCCUUAUUGUUGCCUGCUACCAAGGUUUUGUGGAUAUUGUAAUAGCCUUAGCACAGUGCCCUCAUCUUGAUGUAAACUGGCAAGACAAUGAAGGGAACACAGCUCUAAUAACAGCUGCACAAGCAGGGCACAUAACCAUUACAAACUACUUGUUGAACUAUUUUCCUGGUCUUGAUAUUGAGAAGAGGAAUGUAUUUGGAUACACAGCACUGAUGAAAUCUGCAAUGCAAGGCCGAACAGAGUGUGUGAGAACCUUAAUGUUGGCAGGGGCAAAUGUUCAUUCAACUGACCCAAAUCGUGGAAUGACUGCCUGGGAAUGGGCUUGUUACACUGGAAGAUCAGAAUCUGCUAUGCUCAUGCAGAAGCUGAUGGACAGUCCGCGCCCCGAGCAGUUUUGUGAUCGAUAUAAACCAGAAUGGCCAAAGAUGAAGGAACUUCUUGAGAAGGCUGUGGAACCAAAAAGCUGUUUUCAGAGGCUAUCAGAGUGUUUGAGGUCAGCAGUGACAUUUAGGGUUGCCUCAAACCCUGAAGAGGAUGGUGUUCUUGAUCACAUGGUUAGGGUGACAACAAGUUUAGGUAGUCCCUUUGUUGCCCUGUCUUGCAGGACUGUGUGUCCAGGGAGCCCACCCUGUGUGGGGAAACGCACACUGUCUGUGCAGGAAAUCCUGAGGAAGCAGAGAGUCCAAGAGAUCCGCUCUCAGGACAGAGAUCAUGUUAGUAGCUAUGAGAAAUUAUUUCAGAACUCCAAAAUCAUGGUGGUCCCCAAAAGGAAAGACCGGAGGGCUAGUCUGCAGCCUUUAAGCUUCACUGUGUCUCAAGCAAGUGUGGUAGCCCCAAGGAAAGCAAGCCUUCUGCCACUCCACCUUCUCAGAAGGAGCAGUGUAAGACCAGGAUUUGUGAUCCCCAAAGUCCGUAUUACCAAGGCUCCUCCACCCAACUUCCAGCCAGAGCCAGUGAGGAGGAAGAACAGUGUCAGAAACAACAUGUACCUGCAGAUCCCUAAAUGGAGAUACAAAGAGUUGAGAGAGGAACGGAAGAAGGCAGAAGAGCAGGAGAAGAGAAGGGCAGAAGAGAUCCAGAGACAGAAGCACAUCUCUCUCCAUCAAAAAAAAAAGACUUGAUUCAAUUAUGGGAAUUACCACAAAAGGUCGAGAUGUCAUCACCCAGGGUAGAAGGCUGCAUGCUGUCAAAC